AUAUUCCCAGCGAAUAUUCUAUCCCUUACCGUUAUUAUAUCUCUAAUCAAUAACACCAAUCAAAUUCAAUUCAAUCCAAUCCAAUCCAUCUUCUAAUCUUUAACCUAAACGAUGAAAUUCGGAAAGAGUCUCAACAACCAGAUCGAGAAAACCGUUCCUCAAUGGCGUGACAAAUUUCUCUCUUACAAGCUACUCAAGAAGAAAUUGAAGCUUGUUCAACCAACCUCCGAUGAACGCCCGAACAAAAGAGCUAGGAUCGACGACGGAGAAAUGUCAAAUGAAGAAACCGAUUUCCGGAAUUCCCUCGAAGAUGAACUCCACAAAUUCAAUUCUUUCUUCGUUGAGAAAGAGGAAGAGUGCAUCAUAAGAUUCAAGGAGUUACAAGAUUGUGUGGCCAAAGGAAAGGGUUCUAACGAACAAAUGAUGCAAAUUCACAAGGAUAUUGUAGAUUUUCAUGGAGAAAUGGUUCUACUUGAAAACUAUAGUGCUCUUAAUUACACAGGACUAGUGAAAAUUCUAAAGAAGUAUGACAAGAGAACAGGAGCUCUCAUUCGGUUGCCUUUCAUUCAGAAGGUUUUGCAAGAACCGUUCUUUACCACUGACCUGCUCUACAAGCUUAUAAAACAGUGUGAAACAAUGCUGGAUGGUCUUUUCCCCUUUGGCGAGUCAGCUGAACCGGGCGGAGACGAUCCUUCUACUUCGACAUAUGCUACGAACAGAGAUGAUCCUUUUAUACCGACGGAGAUGGCUGAAAUGCAGAAGAGUCUCUAUUUGAAGAGUACAAUAUCUGCUUUGCAUGUUCUGCAGGAAAUCAGAAGUGGUAGCUCCACAGUUAGCAUGUUUUCCUUGCCACCAUUGGAACAAACUUUGAACAAAAUUUCUGUUUUUGAACAAACAGCCGAGUAAUAAAUAGGAGAGGAGAUUUAAGGCUAGCCUAGUGGAUUGAGUGUUAUAUUUUUUUUUCAUGUAACCCCUUCUGUCAUAGCAUACCUCAGAUAAAUACCAACUUAGAUUUAUGAUGCUCAAUUACUGAAUAUAUUGAAAUCAUAGAAAUGUUGUUUCAUUAA